AUGACUACCGCUCACCGUCCCACCUUCGAUCCGGCCGUUGGCAAAGAAGCCCUCCGCGGCCCAGCUUACCAUCAACGCCUCCUUCCCGCGCAUACCCAACUCAAGUUCCGCCAGGCCGGCCAGGGCGGCGCGGCCGACGAAGAAACCCACGACCUCCAAGCCGAGCUCCUUGCCGCCGAGGCCGCCCACUUUGCCAAGAAGAACGGCGGCGUGCCUCCCGCGAUCCCCGACAACAACGACGCGACGACUGGUGGCGCCAAGCGCGCGCUCGAGGCGGGAUCGCAGGCGGACGGCGAAGAAGACUUUGAAGCGAAGCGAAGGAGGAUAUUAGAAGAGUCGCGAGACGUGGACGCGGACUCGGAGGACGACGAAGAGGACGAUGACGACGACAGCGACAGUGACGAGGAGAGCGACGACGAGGAGGCGGAGCUGCAGCGCGAGAUGGAGAAGAUCAGGCGCGAAAGAGCCGAGAAGAGAGAACGCGAAGAGCGAGAGAGGGCCAAGGCUGAGGAGGAGGAGAGGGAGCGGGAUAUCGCGCUGGGGAACCCCUUGCUGAAUAAGCCCGAUUUCAACAUGAAGCGGCGGUGGGAUGAUGAUGUUGUUUUCAAGAACCAGGCGAGGGGCACGGAGGAGAAGGGGAAGAGCAAGGAGUUUAUCAACGACCUCCUGCGCUCUGAUUUCCACCGACGAUUCAUGAGCAAGUACGUUAGAUAG